UUAUCCCAUGCCAAACUGCCCGGCUUGUAAUAAGCCAGUUUACUUUGCCGAACGAGUCACAUCGCUUGGCAAAGACUGGCACAAACCAUGCCUUCGAUGUGCUAAUGAGAACUGUAAGAAAGUGUUGAGUCCUGGCAGCCAUGCUGAGCAUGAAGGCAAACCAUACUGCAAGCAGUGCUAUGGUGCCCUAUUUGGACCAAAAGGUUUCGGACACGGUGGCACCGAGAGUCACACAUUCCAUGGCGGAGCCACCGGAUAAUCACCAAAUUACUCUUUUUUGCAUGUUUUCAAUUUCGCAGUGAUAUGGUUACGUAACUGGUUUCUAAAGUUCAUUUCUCGAAUUUGAUUGCAAGACUACUGUCAGAUAUCACAA